AUGUUGCUGCCCACCGGCCCACCCACCCUCACCACCCUCUCCAUCACCCUCUUCAUAACCCACCUCCUCCACCCACCCACAUUCGCUAUCAAACAUGAAACGGAAGAAGAUAGAGACCACCACCACUGCGGCUGCUCCCACCGCCCAGGAUCAGCUGGACCUCCGGGAAUACCUGGAGUCCCUGGAUUGCAUGGAUCACGUGGUCAGGAUGGCAACAAGGGAGAUAAGGGCGAUAGUGGUAGCAAAGGAGAAAUAGGAUCCAUUGGACCCAUCGGACCGAUUGGGCCCUUAGGCCCACCUGGAGACAGAGGCAAGAAAGGGCCGGGCGGAGACAAAGGUGAAGUGGGAUCAAAGGGAGACAAGGGGGAGCGAGGUUACACCGGAUUUGUUGGUGUAAAAGGUUCAAAAGGGGAACCUCACGUUGAAGGGUUCGCUCGUGUUGCAUUUUCAGUUGUGAGGACGCAGAAGUUGGGACCGGUCGGCCAGGAUACGACCAUCACUUUUGAUCUGGUGCUGUCCAAUGUCGGAGACUCCUUUGAUGUCUACUCGUCGCAUUUCAUCUGCAAAGUCAAUGGCACGUACUUUUUUACAGCGCAUGUAGUCAGUCAGAACUCAACGAGCAUCAGUGCCUGGCUCAUGAUGAACAGCCGCCAUCGAUCGCCACUCCACAGCAAUCGCGUCGACACUGGCUUCUCGACAGGCUCACAAUCCGUCGUCUUCAACCUAAAAAAAGGAGACCACGUGUGGUUGCUCCUGGAGAAACAUUCUGCCAUCCUCAACGACUACACCAGCUUUUCGGGCUUCCUACUUUUCCAAAAUUAA